CUCAGGACUGUCCAUAAUUUUAAAGGGUGCCUCAAGACUGUCCAUCAUUUUAAAGGGUGCCUCAAGACUGUCCAUCAUUUUAAAGGGUGCCUCGGGACUGUCCAUAAUUAUAAAGGGUGCCUCAAGACUGUCCAUAAUUUUAAAGGGUGCCUCAAGACUGUCCAUCAUUUUAAAGGGUGCCACAAGACUGUCCAUCAUUUUAAAGGGUGCCUCAGGACUGUCCAUAAUUUUAAAGGGUGCCUCAAGACUGUCCAUAAUUUUAUAGGGGUGCCUCAAGACUGUCCAUAAUUUUUAAAGGGGUGCCUCAGGACUGUCCAUAAUUUUAUAGGGUGCCUCAAGACUGUCCAUAAUGUUUAAAGGGUGCCUCAUGACUGUCCAUAAUUAUAAAGGGUGCCUCAAGACUGUCCAUCAUUUUAAAGGGUGCCACAAGACUGUCCAUCAUUUUAAAGGGUGCCUCGGGACUGUCCAU